AUCGAAUAUGAUGACAAUUCCAGUAGAAGAAAGAAAAAUAAAUCAAGACACCUCAUUAUAAAUUAGUAAACAGGGAUUAAUUAUGGAUACCCAUAUUUGUGGUGCCUGCAAGGCUGAAAUAAAUGAUUUGGAUGAAUUUAUUGUUCACAAGAAACAAACUUGUCCUGUGUUACAUGCAGUCCAGAAAGAAGUCAGACAUGAUCAGCAAUCAUGUAACUCAGAUCAAUUUUUGAAAGAAAAUGAAACAGAAAACAGCAAUUAUUCAUUUCAACACAUUUCCAUACCUAAGAAAACAAGUGAAGAAAUUUUUAGAAGACACUCAGAAUCAAAUCUACCUUCAAAUUCAUUACACAUUUCUGGAUAUGAUCAUAUACCAGUGACAGAUAUUGAUAACACUGAAAAUGGAAAAAAUCAUCAGAUUCAGGUUUCAAGUAUUGAACAACCAGCCAAUCCUAGUACAGAACAUGAAAUAUCUGAAUCAGAACAGAAUGUUGAUAAAACAGCUGUGGAUCAUUGUAAGGAACAUACUUCAGCUGAAUCAAAACAAUCACUAUUGAAUAAAUCAAGAGACUUUAACCAUUUACCAACAGAAAGCUCAGGACUAAAUGCAUUACAUGAACACCCUGAAACUUUUAAAUCAUGCAGUGCACCAACUAAGGUAACCGGUAUUGAAGGUGCAUCACAAGAAAUAAAACAAAAAACAAUACAAGAGGGUGUAUCAAAUUCAUUAGUUGAGAAUCAUUAUUCAGGCAGUGAUCAGAAUGAAUUAAAACAUUUAGCUGAAGUCAGUUCUCAGCUUGACUGUGCCUCAGCUGAAUCAGUUGUCUGUAAACCACCUCCUGGUCAUGAAUACAUUCAAUCCACACUUCAAGAUAGAUUGUCAAAUGAUAAAAUCUUAUGCCACAGUCCGUCAGCAUGGUCAGUAACUCAUGAGACUCCAUCCACUUUACAUACAGGGCUAAUCAACACAUCGUCUUUGGACAUGUCAACUGAAGUGACAGCUCUGAAUCUUAUGUCACCUGUAAUGUCAACAGAGGUUUCUUCUGCCGUUUCUACUUCUGUGCCACCAGUAAUGACCGCUGAAAGUUUCCCUGUGAAAUCAACUCAUUUAUCAACUGAAACCACUAUUGGACCACCUGUGACAUCAACUGAAUUAUUAAGUGAAGUGUCAACUUACAUAUCAAACCAGAGGAUUCCAGCUACAAUGUCAUCCGAAAUGACUCCUGUGUUGUCAGCUGGCGAUUCCUCAAGGAUGCUGAUUAAGAUGACACCUGUAUUGUCAACCUCAAAGCCUUCUGUUCUUUCUAAUGAAGUGUGUCAACAAGAUCUGUCAACUGACAUUAGAGGAAAUCUUGCACAAGAGAUGAUUCCACAAACUUUACACAUGGUCAUUGAUCACAAUGGCACUUAUUCUUUGGUUGCAAGAUCACAGAUCUCAGAAUUUCUCAGCCCUGUUACACCAUUAUCAUUAUUUCCCAGUAAAGAAACAAACCGACCUAGAUCACAUUUGGCCGAAAAGUCGAUUCCAAUUGACAACAUACCACAAGUAGCUCAUCUUCCCACAUAUGAAGACAAAUCUAGAAUGAUAUUGAGUAUUUCAAACGACUUGAAUAGAUCAUCCCCCCAAAUAACUUCUGAUCAGAUUAUUGCAGUUCAAAAUGAAAUGUAUCUAAGUUCUGGUAAAUUGCAGCUUACGCCUGUUUCUUCUGUUGUUGCAGAGCCCAACUUAGAGCCAUCUCAAUCAACAAUCAAUCUUGGAUUACAGCAUUAUGGAUAUCAUUCUGUUCCUCAUUCUAGUGUCAAUUCUGGGAAUAUUACCCAACAGGAUCAGAUAUUGAAUACUACCCCUACUAGUCCCCUGAAAGUUGUAAGAAAUCUAAUGACAAGUUACCAAGACAACAGUGUAAGUGUUGCUACACUGGAUACACUGGCAACAACUACACAACUUCUAGCUUCAAGUUCAGCUGGCCCUUCAAAAGUACUAAAUGUUAUUGCACCAAAUGGUCAUUGUUUAGAUCAUGACUUGUCAGGAAAAAUUACUUUAGAUCCAAAAAGCACAGUAGUGCCAUCUUUUAGUCAGAAACCAGUACAAGUGUAUGACCGGCCACAAUUUGUUGUUAUUCAUGAAAAAAAUUCUAGUCAGCCAAAUCAGAAACAUGAAGAUUACCAACCUGUUCAAGAAAAUUUGCAAGAUGGUGCAGAGCAAGGAAUUUUGAUUCCAACCCACAAAAAUCCAGUACAAAAUAUUAUCUCAUUAGAAUCUGGUAUUUUAAAUGUAGGACAAGAUCAUAGUAUUGCUCAUGAUGAAUAUAAAGCAACACUGACUGGAUCCAGGGAAAACCAAUCUUUUGUACUGAGACAGGGUCCAGAACAACAACAUUUGGUGUACACUUCUGUAGAAGAUGUUGAUAGAAAUAUCCAAUCUCAAAGUUUAGUUAAAGGAGUUGUAACUCAUUUAUUAGACAAACAGGUGAAAUAUAGCACUCCUGUAUUACCUUCAAGAGUUACCCAAAAGCCAGAUUCUGAUAAAAGGAAGGAGAAAACAAAACCCUCUUUAAAUACAAAUAUUGAAUUAGAUCAGUCUGGAAAUCAUAAGGAGCAAGUCCUUAAUUUGAACAAAACACAUGAUAAGAAUGAAACUGGAGUAUCUCUGAUAAACAAUGAUUGUAUUGAAAAACUAAAGGAAAGACAGUUACAAAAAAGAGUAACUAAAGGUAAAGUUAUAACAAUUGAUGCAUUAAGUAACAGGAAUUCUUCAACUAGUAGAUAUCAGUCUUCAGAUAAACAUGUAGAAUCUGUACAAAAUUUCAAAAUGGCUCAUGAUGUUGCCAUAGGACAAAUCUCUUUUUUCCAAAAUGAACCUCUGCCUGAAGGUAAUUUAAUUCAGAGUUCCAACGAUCCUGUUUUACUAAAUAGGGAAACAGAAAGGGAAUUAGAGGGUUCUGAAAAAUAUAAAAGUCAAAGUUAUUCAAACAGAAAUUCAGUACAUGGUGUACAGAGAGGAAAUUCAGAAGAUAGGGCUGAAGCAAAUACACAACCCGAAAUUAACCAGAAACAUAGAAGUACAGACCAAAUUUCAGAAAGAAAUGCAUCAGGAAUACAAUAUGUUUUACAUAAAACACCAGAGAAAAACUAUUUUUUACCCAUCAACACUGCUGAAUCGAGAAUGGAAGGUGAUAUACAAACCUAUCAACCUGUGCAGGAAUUAGAAAAUCAGAAUAUUCCUCCACAACAAGAUGGUUCUAACACAGUUGCUUCCCCUGGACAAAUUCAGUACACUGUUCAUUUACAUCAAGUGCAGCAGGUUGAUGGAAGUAUUAUACAAGUAUUAUCACCAGAGAAACACUAUGAUAUGACAACACAAGGGAGAAUUCCACAAAAACAUCCAGCUGACAUACCAUCAAAGAAAAACGCAGGUUCAUCUUCCAAGAAGACAGCAAAUAAACCUAGCAAAGAAAGAGAAAAGAAGUAUGUUUGUACAUAUGAUAAGUGUAAAUUUUCAACUGUGUACUUCAAAGAUCUGACUAGACACAUACGCACACACACAGGAGAGAAGCCUUAUCGUUGUGGAAUGUGCGAGAAAAGUUUUAGUCGUGUAGAUAAAUUACGUCUUCACAUUCGCCAUCACACUGGGGAGAGACCAUUUCAGUGUGAUCUUUGUGAAUACAGAGCUGUAGAUAGAAGUACUUUGAAGAAACAUGCUAUCAUACAUACAGAUGAAAGACCUCACAUGUGUCAGCUAUGCAGUUACUGUUGUCGGACAUCUAGCCAAUUGACAGUCCAUCUUCGUACACAUACUGGAGAUUGUCCAUUUCAAUGUCCAUGCUGCAGUUCAAAGUUCAAAAUUAAGUCCGAUUUAAGGAGACACAUGAGAACACACACAGGAGAAAAACCUUAUCAAUGUGAUAAAUGUCAAGUCAAGUGUACCACACAAGGUAACUUACACAGCCAUAUGAAAGUCCAUCAUUCUGCUGAAAACCUGAAAUGCAGUCAUUGUUCAUAUAAAACCUCUUCAAAACGUUCACUAUGGAAUCAUUCCAAAAUUCAUGAACCUUUUGAUCCCAACAACACAUGCCAAAUAUGUGAUUUUAAAUGUGCAAGCAAUGAAAUACUUAAAAAGCAUAUGACAAUGCAUAAGUCUGACUAUUUAAAAUGCCACCACUGUGACUUUACCACUCGACAUCAACAAAAUUUGGAACAACACAUAAAACGUAAACAUGGCGAACAUUAUUACGAGAACAGACCAAAACGAAACACCACCAGUAGUAGUAGCAAGAAGUCUAAAGAGAGUUCUUUAAAGAAAGAGAUUAGGAGUGAUAAAUUAUUUUAUAGAAAGUUUCAGCGUUUAUUUAAAUGUGAUCUCUGUAGUGAAUCUUUUGUGCGAGAGGACUCGUUAAAAAGCCAUGUCAAACUUCACAAAGAAUUAGCUAGUAAUAAUUUACAACUGACUACUAAGAAAGUUUUGAAACUCCCUAGUCAUAUUUUAAAUCCUCCAGUAAAUGAAGAAAGUAGUUUCACUUUGCGCUCUGUGGCAAUGCAUGGUUCUAACCAACAAGCAGACAGUCUGGCUAUGCCACCUGAUAGAGGUCAAAGGUCAGCCACACACACUUAUAGUCAGUAUCAUCAUCAUGAGCAGGCGUCUGCUUUGGAAGAACCAACCCCUAACAGUGAUAUUUUAGAAUCAACUUAUAGACAAGAGAGAGAUGAAAAUAUUCAAAUGCCAAAUGUUGAAGAUAGAAAUUCUAGUCAAACAUACAGGCGGCAAUUAAAUUUUGAUUCUGGUAGAGGCAAUAAUGCAUCAAGCAAGCGUCAUUCAUUUGAAACGCCAUCUGUAUCAAAGAAAGAUUUAAGCCAUCGCAGACUUUCUUUUCCAAGUGAUACUGAACACUCUGUUUCAAAGAGAAACAAAAGUGUUGGUGACAGUUUAAGCAGUUCAAGUAGACCAGUUAGAGAAUUAUUACGAGAGGAAAGAGCUUCACAAAGGUCCAGUAGAGAUAUUGAAGGAUUCGAACAAGGAUUACAAUUCAUAGACAGUGCAUAUAAUAGUAGUAUUGUUAGGUCAAAUAGACAGUCGAGUGGGCAAACACUGAAUAAUCAGAGAAAUGAUGGUAAUGAAAAGGUAUCAAGAUCACAGAAAAACAAACGUUCUCAUUCUAUGACAUCUGCUGAAGGUCAUUUGAGUUCAGGGUCAAUACACAACUCUGAACAAAUGAGGAUUGUGGCAUUGAAUGAACAAAGUAGAGAUCAUGCACCACAGCAGCAACCUGUUUACCAAGUUCCCAAUAUACAAGUAGUGCAAAAUAUUUCUUUGCCUCUAGUGCAACUACCAGAUGGGCAAAUUAUAAGACCACAUAUAGGGAACCAGAUUCCUCAAUUAGGGCACCAGUUUAUACCGGAAAUCAAUAUAGAGCAACCUAUUGUCAGUUCUGGACUUUUAAGACCUGCCAAUGAAAAUACACACACGAUUCAACUUGUAGCUCAUCCAGGUGUUAGUAUGAUGCCACAAUCUGGUAACCCUGCUCACUCUGUUCAAACACAAGUAGUUGAGCUUGUUGAUUCUUUAGGUAAUCCAGUCUCUGCACAGUUUAUGAUUCCUACAUCAGUUGCAUCUGUUGAUGAAAUGGCAACAAUGCAGACCAUUGACAUUUCUACGAUAUCAGAUCAUGGGGGUAUGAUGGAACAAAUGUUAUCCCCACAGCAUGUUAUGAGUGUACCAGUACAGGUUGUUGAUGUGCCACCAAAUAAUUGAUAUUUCUACAAAAUCAGAUCAUGGGGGUAUGAUGAAACAAAUGUUACCCCCACAGCAUGUUAUGACUAUACCAGUACAGGUUGUUGAUAUGCCACAGAAUAAUUGAUAUUUCUACGAUAUCAGACCAUUGGGGCAUGAUGGAACAAAUGUUAUCCCCACAGCAUGUUAUGACUGUACAAUUGCUACUGUUGUAUUUCACUAGCAUGCAUCCAAAGUUUAAGAAGGUUUAACAAACAUGUAGUAUCCAUUUAAUAAUUGUUGUUUGCUUUACGUCUAUUGGAAAAAAUUUCAUUUACAUUCAGGACGAGAACUAAUGGACGUCUUGUACAAUAGAAAGGUCAUGUAAUAUAGAUCAACCUACAUGAAGGGCUGGAAGUUUUGUGAAUAGAAUUCACAUAUGAAAAAUCCUCAAUUGUAUUUGGUACAUGUAUGUACGUGAAUAAACAUCUUCAAACUUUCAGAAUAACUUACAUAAGUAUAAGAAGAUGUGGUAUGAGUGCCAAUGCGACAACUCUCCAACCUAGUCACAAUUUGUAAAAGUAAAUCAUUAUAGGUCAAAUUACAGGCUAUAACACGGAGCUUUGGCUCACACCUACUAGCCAGCUAUGUAGGGCUAUAUAUCUCAUUAUUAAUUUUUGUUUUAUUAUUGAUCUGUAGAAUUUUGUUAAGAUUGAAAUAUAAAACAAUUGCUGUCUUUAUAUGAGGUGCCGCAAAUGUUUGGUUAAAAUAUAAUUGACUUUUCAAAACUCAUUAUCACUGAGGCCAACUGUUUUAUUCUGUAUUCCAAGAGAAAAAAGGUAUUGAAUGGCAAUUAUUUACCAAAAGGAAUUUUAUCAAACAUUUUACCAUUAUUAAACAUGUAAUUUUUAAAGCUGUAAAUAUAACCAUUCCUUAGUUGAAUAUGCUGUUUUAUUCAAAAUCGAAUUUGAAUGAAAUAGAACUGAAUAAAAUAAUACAAAUAUGUAA